GACGCCCGAGACCGCGAGAGUUUGUCAAAUAUUUCGAACGAAAGGGGACGCGUCGUUGACGUUUAAAUGCCGGUGUACCAUGUGACCUGUUAACCGGAAGUGAACUCGUCGCUCGUAUUUAACUCUGUGUACCUUCCUAUCGGUUCUCGAUUUUUCCUUAGAAAUUUCCGCGAAGAUUCUCGUAUAACUUCCACGAGUGUUCGUCGUCGAGAAAUGAUCCGGUUAUCAGGUUUAUUAAUUAUCAUUAACGAUCGAGCUCGCAUUCGCUCUACUUUAACCAGUUAACUGUGUUUGACAACACGUCGAUUUUUCAUUAACACGUUAAAUGCCAUGGGGGUCACCGGUGACCCCAACCAAAUCGAAUUACUAUAGUUCACUCAAUUAAACCAUGAUUAUUUGAAAAUACUUCUAUAUUAUAAAUAAUGCCAACUAAUGUGGUGACAUUCAGCUGGAUGAACCUGCAAGAAUAAGAAUGCAAUUCAAUCGAAUGAUUUAAUAUUAUAUUUUUCCCACUUCAAGUAUUCUGUACCAUGAAAUCGUGCAUUUUUCGAUUUUAUUCGAACGAGAGAUUUUUCCAACUGAAUUCCACAGUUAACUGGUUAAGAAGCUGUCCGGCGAGAAGAGAGGGGUUGCAAGAUCAACCGAGAGAAAAAGGCGGGAAAAAGGAGAGAAAAAAACAUGGCAUUGUAAACGUGAGAAAGGAAACUUCCUUUUCUUUUCUAUUAAGAAUACUUGUCACACUAUAUUUUCCCACAGUAUUUUUGUACUGUGAUAUAAAAAUAUGCAUACACGUGAUACGCACGACCGACGAUUGUCGCUGUUGCCUUCCUCACGUCAGAGAUUUCUCUUUCUCGAACAGCGUCGCGCGAUACACGUUCGAUAGUCGAACGAAUAUUUCAGCGUCGACGCGCGAGAAACUCGGAAGACUCUGUGGAUAUAAUAAUUAAACCUGUCACAGAAAAAUUUAAAAAAAAGGAGAAGCAAGAACGCACUGGUUAACUCGACGAACGAACUUUGACUAACGUCGUCGCUUCCGUUCGAGAACUCGUUAGUCGGAACGAUGUAUCUCGUUUACAAUCGAUAGCGUGGACUGGCAUACGGUUUCUUUCGAGUGAUUCAAACGUCUCGGAUAACGUAUUGUAUUUUCGAAGGGGAAAAUCGCGAUCGGGACGAGAAUCGGAGACGAUCGCGAAAUCGUUAAUUGUCCACGGAAGUGACGGAAUUUACUCGGGACAAAAAAAUGGAGCCUAGUCGAAGGGAAUACGCGAGUGGUGCAUGGGGAGCACGAUAGAGAAAAAAAAUUCGUAGAAGCUAGCCAAAACGCAUAUAGAUGAAUGUAUCAGCGCUAGGUAAAGAAGAGUGGGUUAAACGAACUACGUAGCGGCUUCUGCGGCCCUCUACAUCUAGACAGUUUCCCUUUUUUUCAUUGUCGUUGCAAUUGAACCGCGGCUGGUGUACGGGACACGAGGGUAGAAUCAAAAAUUGACGAAAGCUCCCAGAAAGUCAUUUUUAGUUUGCAGACAAACAGCGAAAUAAUGCGUGCUUGUGUAUGUGUGUGUGCGUAUGCAAGAGAGAAAGAGAGAGAGACUGCGUCGAUUCCUGCAAGUGCUUGCUGAACGAGAGAGGAUUUAUCCCAAAAAUGAAGACAAGAGGCCAUUCGAAAUCUAUUCUCAGUUUCUACGCAAGAAUCAAGAUUGAAUUGAAAUCUGAUUAAAAUAUCGACUUAAACAAGAUUUAUCCCAAAAUUGAAGACGCUUCUCCGAGGAAUUACUGAAACAGCCCAUUCGAAAUCUAUUCUCAGUUUCUACACAAGAAUUAACAUUGAAUUGAAAUCUGAUUAAAAUAUCGACUUAAACAAGUUGACGGAGAAAAUGCUGAAUUCGGACGACAUGGCGGUUAAAGUGUUAAUCGAAUUCACUUGGAAUCGUCAGGAAAAUGUCCAGCGAAACGAAAGACGAACUCGUAGAAAAUGGAUGUUACUCGAGUCUCAGAAUGAAAUCAUCGAACAACUCGUUGUAACUUCCUCCAGUGUCUCUCACUGUUCGUCGUUUAUCCGAGAAAGUAACGACUCUACCCUUUGGCAAAGGGAAAACGCAUCAUUCCCAUGCGGUUACAGCGGUAUGCAAAUCGCGGGGAGACGCACGAGGUUGUGCGCGUAUCUCCCGCUAAAGAACUGAAAGUGUACAGUUAUGGGGACCAUUAUGAACGGUCAUGCGUUCCUCAGGCGCAUGUAUUUACGCCCUGGGACGAUGACGGAAGGAGGGGGAUUGUAUUUGAAGAGGCGACGCGCGAUUUCAUCCCUCAUACGCGGACCAGGCUGCUCGCACGACCAACAACCCCUUGCCGGAGGACUUGCCCGAAGUUCGAGACCUUGGAGAACAGUUCGAUCGAGUGCUUCGAAUCUUCUCGUCGUCGGUGUCGACUUCGUCGGACGUUCGACAUGAAAGCGAUCGCCGUCUGCGUUGCCUGCGUCCUGGCUCUGACGAUCCUCGCGGAUGCCGAGCAGUCGCAGAAUAAGAUCCAGCAACAGAUCUUCGACGCAUUGACCACAGACCAGACAGUGAAGAUGAAGAGACCCUUCUGCAACGCGUUCACUGGCUGCGGCAGAAAGAGGAGCUUCCUGGAGGACUCCGCUUCGCAGGACCUCGAGCUGACCGGCAGCGUGCGACUUCCGGUGUCCGUGUACAGAGCGCUGUUGAGGGCCGCCGCUCAGAACAUGAGGAACACGAUGGACCGCGAGACGAACGAGUACCAGCUGCCGGACAUCCCGCAAGCGUACCUCCCCAGAAUGCCUCCGCACAAGAGGAUGGACAUUCCGAUCGCUUCUCUAGAGUAGCUCGACCGUCGGAACGCGUGGACGAUGGCAGACCAGCUGCCAUUUUGUGCGAACACGAGAGAUACCUUACUUCGAUUCCUCGAUCCUCCGGACUUCAUUUCUUUGUGAACAAAUUGCGGAUGUUUAUGCGAACGUUUGGGCCAAUCUAAAUCACACUGGAAACAAACCAACUGAUCCUCCGUUCCAUUCCAAGGAUUAUUAUUAUUAGUAUUUAGUAAGAUUAUCAUACAUUAAUCUGUUCGCUACAGUUCAGUCUCAGAAGUUCGUAGUUUGUCGACUCGAGACGAUAACGAGUUAGGUAACCGAGAUUUAGAGACGCGUUGCUUGUACCUCUGAAACUCAAUAAAAGCGUGACGCUACUGUGGCUGUUAUUGUAAACUAAUCGUUUGGUUAUUUGCGACGAAGCGGUGGCUG